AAAAUAUUCGUUAUAUACCCGCUAUAUAUAUAUAUAUUUAUACAUAUUUCCAGGUGACAUGCAACCUUAAUGAUAACGACUGUAUAUAUAUAUGUGUUCACUUGUGGAUAUAUAUGUCAGGUGUUGUUUUAUAUGUUCUUCAUACACAAGUACGUAUAACCGGCUAACCGCGGGCAAGCAGAAAGUUCUACUUGACCGCAAUGAGAAUCGAACCCGCGACCGUCGCAUUUCAUAGAAUGAUGCUCUAACGUCUGAGCUACAAGGCCAAGUUGGGAACGACGGGCAGUGAUUUUACUUAAGUUAUUAUUGACAUUACGGAGUUUCGUCCUUAAAUAUCGUUGUGCAGUUAACUCUGCAUUUGCAGAAUUAGGUUCGAUUCCCACCGCGGUCAAGUAGAAUUUUCUGCUUGCCCAGUUGGUUAUACUUGUGUAGAAGAACAUAUAACACACACCUUGCUUGCAGCUACUGUAUAUAAAAAAAAUACAUGCACUCUAAGUUAAAAUUGGUCAUAUUCUAUAUAUAGGUCCGACAAAUUGUUCAAAUCACCAAAUAAUUGUUAAUUAAUUUGAAUUUCAUGCACUCAUAUGGAUAAUAUAUAUGAAAACAAUGGAGUUGAUGUUCGCUGGCGUAAAAGUUUCAACACGUCAAAGAUAGAAAGCAGAGGACAUGCAAAGAGGAAUUGAUUGACAUCGAAAAGAAGCUUUGACUUUCUUGUUAUAAAGAUAUGAAGUCCAUAAGAUAUCUACUGACUGCUGGGGUGCUUACAUUUAUGCAGAUGUCAUAUGCAGAAGUUUCCAAUUGUUCAACUCCUAUAUCCUGGAAGAAUUCAAACCCUGGUGACUUUGAUGUAUAUCGUUUUCGCGGAGAAUGGCUAUUGGUCAAUUGCGCUGUAAAUACUGCAGACAACGCCACUCUGAUACUAAGGAAGGAACCUCGAUCCACCACAUCAGAAAUCACUAGAGUAGUUGACAACAAAAAGAUAAAAAUGGCAGCCAAAAACGUUUUCAAUAUAACAAACGUGACGAUCACUGAUGAAGGACGUUACUUUUGCAAUGUCUGUAAUAAGAAGAGGCUGCUUCACCUUUUACAAAUUAUUAAAGGCAAUGCUUAUCUAAAACCUUCUGUAAUAAUAAAGCCGAACAGAAAAUUGUAUGAUCGCAAGAGUAUAGUGAAAUUAAUAUGUACUUUUCAAAACACCAGUGGCAAAGUCUCGAGCAGAAAUCGCAACAAGUAUGUUAUUACAUGGUACAAACUUUUUUCAAAUGGAUCACAGGUUAAGCGUGGCAAUGACUGGGAGAUGGUGCUCGAUCCACUGAAAACCGAUGAACAAUGGAAGUGUGUAAUAUCUCGCACUCCAGUAAACUAUCACGCUUCUCAAUUGGUUAACAUAAGGCUCAAAGCACAGUUCAAACCCACCAUAUAUGUCAGGAAUUACAAGCAGGUGAUGGUUGCCAACGAAUCAGAGCAUUUUUUACUAUUGUACAAUGUGUCAUCGUAUCCAAAAUCUGUGAUCAAAUGGUCAAGAUCUGAAGAUGGAAUAAAGUAUGAAUUAAUAUACUCCUGUCCCGUGUCAGAUAAUGGUAACAGCAGCUGCGAGAAAUACUAUGGAAAAGAAAGUAUUACGAAUACAAGAUUUGAAAUCGAAAACCCUCGAUUUCCUCAAGAUAAUGUGUCUUACAUGAUAAAUGCAACCAACGACAACGGAAGAGUUUCAAAAAAAUUUCAUUUACAAGUCUAUGUGAAACCUGAGAUACAACUUGAGAAGUUACAUGUGUUUGAGAAAGGAAUGAAUAUCAACUGCAAUAUAAAGAGAGCGAAUCCACCUGAAGUUACAUAUACUUGGUACUCCUGUGGCACUGGUAAAUGUGGUGAAAGCAACGCCGAAUGGAACUUUGAAUUACAAAAUAGUUCGUUAAGGCUUGAAACACAAGCAGUUUCGAAGAUUAGAUAUCGAUGCGUGGCUAAGAACACUGCUGGGCAAGAUCAGGCGGAAACAACUGUUCUGUUCAAGUCGUCAAACAAUAUCGACACCAAGUCAUCAAAGAACACUUUGAUGUUCUUUAUUGUGGUUCCAAGUGGAAUAAUUACCAUUACCGUCUUAAUAGCGAUAAGUUUUGUGUUGUACAAAAGAAAGAAAAUUUAUGGUGGUUUUUACCUCUUCUCAUAUCCUCCCAUACCGGACUACAUAAAGAACUUGGAUGAAAAUGGAAAUAUUCAGGAACAGCUUCAAAAACUGCCAUUUAUACCUGAAUGGGAGUUUCCAAGAGAAAAGAUAAGUUUUAUCAGUGAACUUGGCUCUGGUGAAUUUGGAGUAGUUUGGCUUUCAGAAGCAACUGGUAUAUCUGCGUUUCAUCCACGAGAUAUUUUAAAAGAAAGAGAAAGUCGACGAAGGUUUUCCCUCUUCAGUCGAACGUCAAAAAGAAAUAGUUACGUCUAUUGCAAAGAAGUCACUAAGGUUGCCGUAAAAAGGCUGAAAGAAAAAUGGGAUAGAAACAAGCUCAUUGAUUUGAAAUCUGAGCUGAAGAUUUUGAUUCAUGUUGGCGAAAACGAGAACAUUGUAAACAUACUAGGUGCCUGCACCAAAGGUAAAAGCUCAGACCUGUGGAUAAUAAUGGAAUAUUGUCCAUAUGGAAAUCUCAGAGAAUUCUUACGAAGCAGUCGAACUAUAUACAACAUGGAAGAAAAUUCAUUGGAGACGGAUCCCUCCCAAGCCAUUGGGCCAAGAAAUUUGAUACACUUCGCCUGGGAAAUUUCAAAAGGAAUGGAUUUCCUAAUUUCGAGAAAGAUCAUCCACCGUGAUCUGGCCGCAAGGAACAUCCUACUUGGACAGGGAUAUACAGCAAAGGUUGGAGACUUCGGGCUGGCCAGAGAUAUCUAUAAAUAUCAAGAAUACUUAAAAAAAUCAUCGGGAUUGGUUCCUCUAAAAUGGAUGGCAAUCGAGUCAAUUAGAGAUUCAAUAUACACGGAAAAGACAGAUAUGUGGUCAUUUGGCAUUUUACUUUGGGAACUUUUCACCUUAGGCGGAACACCUUAUCCAGGAGUGGAUGUUCUUGAAGUAUAUCAAACAUUACUGAAUGGAAAACGAAUGAAACCGCCUGUGCAUUGUCCGCAGGAAAUGAAUCUCAACGAAAUGACCUAACCAAUUCAGCUAGAACAUCGGAUUCAGUAUUGGAUGUAAACGAUCAUUAUUUAAACGAACCUUUUCCUAAGCUGUAAUGACUAAUAUAU